CCUAAUGUGUUGGCGUAUUUACUGACGGUAAACAAUGAUAUAGGGGCGGGCCCAUUGUUGUGAGCAAGCGAAACUCGCGCGCUGAGGCCCGCGUUGCAGCUAGCCCGGCACUAUGGCGAGCGUAAUCAGCGACGAGAAGCGAAAGGAAUGGAGGCAAUACGGGCUAAACCUGCUCAUGCAAAGCUUUGGAAACAGCAAGUUUGCACUCAAACUGGCCGCGGUUGUGGACCGGGCAGAGGACGAGGCGUUCAAGGCUUGCUCGACAGACCAGGCUGUGUAUGAAGCUACGCUGCGGAAAAAGCUAGACAAGUCCAGGGACGGCAUCUCUAAAAUGCUUCAGCAGCAUGCGCACACUGCCAUGGCGCAGCAGCAGCAGCAGCAGCAGCACCAGCAAAUGCAGCAGCGGCAGCCAGUGCCCAUGGUCAACCAGCAGCCGCCCCAGAUGAUGCAGGUGCCGCAGCACAUGAUCUCGCAGCCGCAGCCGCCACAAGUACAGCAGGCCCCUAUGGAGCCUGCACCGGAGCAGAAUGACGACGGCGCUUUGUUCAAUGACUUCCUUGGGACGUUUGUAAACGCAGGUGGUGCGGGCGCAGGAAUGAAGCAGCAGCAACAACAGCAAGCGCAGCAGCACAUGAUGCAGCAGGCGUACGGGGCGCAACAACAGCAGCCGGGCGGCUACCCGCAGCAGCCACAGACGGCGGCGCGGCCGGGGCAGGCCCCCACAGCGGUGGGUGUAAUGCCGCAGCACCCGCACUUGCACCUAGCUGGCAAGAUGCCUGGCAUGCCGGCGGCCGGGCAGGGCUACCCCAUGGCGAACGUGCCCGUGCCAGUGGCGGGGCGAGCACUGGCGCCGCCGCCGGGCUUUCCUGGAAGUGCAGUCGGCGCAGUGGGCGCACCUGGGGGCCAGGAGGCUCAGUCCGUGUACGGCGGGGGCGGCAUGGGCGCUGGGGGCAUGCAGGUGCCCGGGCAGCAGGUGCCUGGCAUGGGGAUGCCGACCGGAGCCGGGGUCCCCAUGCAGGGGCAGCACCCUGGAGCGCUGCAGGGGCAGCACGCGCCCAACAUGGGGAUGGCAGGCGGCAUGCCGGGGCAGCAGGUCGGGUACGGCGGCAUGCCGGGGCAGGCACCCGCACAUGACCCUGCAGCAAUGGCAGCGACGGCGGCAGCCGCGGUGCAGCAGCAACAGCAACAGCAGCAGCAGCACAUGAACGCGGCGCAGGCUCAGUACGUGCAAGUUAUGCAGCAACAGCAGCAACAACAGCAGCAGGCGGCGGCGGUGGCGGCGGCGGCCGUCCAGCAGCAACAGCAUCAGAUGGCGGCGGCCCGCAUGGCCUCAGGCGCCACGUCGCCGCCCCCGCCCGGCGGGGACGCGGUGGGCCUGGCCGCCGCCGCAGCAGCAGCGAACGCACGGAAGCCCGGAAUGCCUGGCGCCCAGACGGCGCAAGCUAGCCGGCCGGCGGCCAUGCAGGUGCCCUCGCCGGUUCCAACGGCGCCUGCAUACACGGCGCCUGGCGCGUUGGGGCCUCAGGCAGGGGCGGCUGCACCCGCGGCGCCGGGGGCACAGGCUGCGGAAGAGCCGGCCAACCAGGCAGCUCUUGAGCAGGAGUACUGGCGGCUGGUGGCGCAGCUGAAGACGCGGCAACACGUCCUGCGCGCGCAGAUAGAGAAGUAUGCAAAGGCGGAUGAUAUGAAAGCCAGCCGCUCCCGCCGCAUUUUGUUGGAGGCCUACAAGCGCUGCACGGUGGAGCCGGGGUCGGCGGAGGCCGCCAACUACCCCAUCUCAGGCAACACGCUGAAGCUCCUCUCAGCGGUACUCUCAAGCUUGGACGGCGCUGGCGGCCGCGCGCGUGCCCUUGGCGCCCCGGGAACCGCCCCGGCGCAGCCGAUACCACCGUCCUUGGCCGAAGGCGGCGCCACCAACACCCCACCCACUGCGCCGCCGCCGCCAGCACCGGCUGCACCCGUGGCAAUUAAGCAGGAGCCGGGUGUUGCCGCAGCGGGCGCAUCCGCCCCAGCAGCUGGCAGCAGCGGCACCAGCAGGGCCGCAAUUGUGGCGGCCGCGGCUGUGCAGGGCGCGGUGCGACGUAGUAUCAAGAUUCCGCGGCCUGGUCAGUCCAAGGCGGGUGCAGGGGCCGCCGAAGGCGGGGGCGCCACCGCAGGCGUGGCGGCGGCAGGCACAGCUGCCGCCAUCCAGCCUAAGCAAGAGGCUGAGACGGGUGCCAAGCCGGGUGUGCCCGCGAAGCUGGAGCGCUCAUCAGAUUCCGCGUCGCCCGCAGUGGACCAAGUGACGCGGCUGCUGGGCCUGUUGGCGCAGCCGCUCCCGGCCGCCACGCUGCGAGCACACAGCUCCCGCGGCGCCGCUGAUGCGCUCAACUUCGACUGGGACUCCCUCAUGCCCUCCCUGCCGGCGGCGGCGUGCGCGCAGCUGACCGCUGCGGCGGCAGCAGCAACCACGGGCCCGCCAGCCGGCGGCCCGUCCUCUAGGCCAGCGAUAUGCGCACGAACCGUCUCGGUGUGCCGGGUGGCGGGGCUGUCAUACGAGGCCGCGCGCGCGCCCGACGGGCCUGGUAGCUCCCUGCACGGGCAGGCGUCGGUGGCGACAGCCGGGGGCUUGGAAGGCAUGCGGACGCAGUCGCUAGGCAGCCGCGGCACCAGCUGCAACAGCCUGACUGCGCUUGGCGUUGCGCGGGUGGCGAUCAGCCUGGCGGCGGCGGCCGGCACGGCGCGGCGGGGCGCCAAACGACCGGCGCAAGACGGCACCACGGACGUCGACGGGGACGCAGCGGCGCAGGCGGCGACGCCGGAGCUGAAGCGCCGACGGGCCGCCCUAGAGACCGUCUGUGCGGAGGCGGAGGAGGAGCUCAAGGGCGCCGUGUCGCUGCGGCUUCUGGAGGGGGAGCUGUGCUCCGUGAGCGGGCUGGAGCCGGAUGCCUGGCUGGUGGAGUGCGCGGCUGUGGACCUGAGCGGCGGCGGCGCGGCCGGCGCGUCUGCGAUGGACGAGGACGGACAUCACGGAAAUGCGGCAGCGGCGGGCGGGGCGGCAGGCGCCACCGGCGCUGCCAGUGGUGCGCCGUGGCGCCGGCUGCGCCUGUGCGUGCCGUGGGACUACCCGCACUCGCCGCCGGUGCCCACCUUCUCCUCCAGCGACCCCGCAUACAGCCACCCGUACGGCCGGGCAGCGCGGCUGCAUUUCCAGACGGCGCUGCAAGGGGCGCAUCACCAUCACCACCACGACCACUCGCCGCACCACUCGCUGCUGUCGCUGGCACGGGCGUGGCGAGACGCUGUGGUGCGCGUCAGCAACGCAGUGCGAGCGCCGUCUGCCGCAGCGGCGGGGCCUGCCAGCCACAUGCCGCACAGCCUGACGCCGUCAGCGAUUGCGGUAUGAGCCAUUCCCACUGGUGGACUGUAUGUCGACGCGGGGAUUAAGGUAGUGAAAUGUAUACAUUUGCUGGUAUGCUUGAACAGUAUUGCUAAUACCGUACUGGUGCGUUGGCACAUCUAAUGCUGUUGGCGGUCCAGGUAGUGUCAUGUGUGCACCCUCUGUGCUUGUAUCGGUGGCGUUGAUUCUUUGGGAGAGAGGCGCAGUGUUGCCUGAGUGUACGGUGCAUGAGAGUGCCAUUGGCCAGGUCAUGGACUUAGCUAGAGUGAAACUGCCCUCGGUCGUAAUAUCGAGGUAUCAGCGGCUCCCACUUCCAACCACGCCUAUGUCCGUGAGUCCGUGAUGUGAGAAGAUGGAUUGUCUGCGGGUUUGUUUAGCGCUGGUCCUCUUACACCGCGUGACGUAGACAAACCACACUGAUGUGUUGGGACACCAGUGAGAGCUACAGUGCUGGCCUGCCGGGGAUGGACGGGGACGCAGGUACGGACCCCCCCCGCCCCCGAGGUGCUCCCCGCGGAGCUAAGCUGGUCUGUCAGCGAUAGUCCGGUGGCGAGGGCGCUGUAAUCUACAGGCUGGGUGUCUCGGGCCCCACGCCCUGAUAGGCCCUGAAAUG